UUUGCUAUUGGAGAUAGUAGAAAUCGUCGAAACCAGUUUUCCAUUUUUAGAGAGAGAAAAUAGAGAGAGGAGAGAGAUGAAGAUCACGGCGUUGUUGGUGUUGAAAUGCAACCCGGAAGGAUCUGAUCCGACGAUACUGGCAAACGCGUCGGACGUGACCCGUUUUGGGUACUUCCAGAGGCCGAGCGUCAGGGAAUUCAUCGUCUUCGUGGGUCGGACCGUCGGAAAACGGACCCCACCCGGCCAACGUCAAUCUGUUCAACACGAAGAAUACAAAGUACAUUCGUACAACAGAAAUGGCCUUUGUACAGUGGGCUUCAUGGAUGAUCACUACCCAGUCCGAAGUGCAUUUUCUCUUCUUAACAAGGUGCUAGAUGAUUAUGAGAAGAAUUUUGGUGAUUCAUGGAGAACUAUGCAAGCAGAUAACGUUCAACCGUGGCCCUAUUUGAAUGAAGCACUCACUAAAUUUCAGGACCCUGCUGAAGCUGAUAAGUUGUUGAAAAUUCAGAGGGAAUUGGAUGAAACAAAAAUUAUUCUUCAUAAGACCAUCGAUAGUGUCCUUGCACGAGGUGAGAAGCUGGAUAGUUUAGUUGAGAAGAGCUCAGAUCUCAGUGCAGCUUCACAGAUGUUCUACAAACAGGCGAAGAAAACCAAUCAAUGCUGUACAAUAUUGUGAACUUCUGAAGGGAAGAGACUAUUGCAUUGUGGCAUUUGCUUGUUCUGUUGUUAAAAUUUUGUCGGAUCACGAAAUGGUGAUUGUUGUUUAAAUCAUUUAUUAAUUUGUUCGCUUGGCAGAAUUUUUAUGGAUUUUUCCCCUCUUGUAUCCUGAUUCUGAUAUUGAAAAAUGGAAGUGAGCCCGAAUCAUUUUACCAAUGCUUUUCUAAUCAUAAUAUCAGUAUAUAUAUCGUCAUCCUUCAUGAGA